AUGUCGAAAAGACCAAUUUCAAUUGAUGAACUACUAAAAGAUGAUACGACUGUACCUACAUAUAUUUCAAGAUCAAAGAGAAUAAAAGAAACUACCACAGAACCUCAACAACAAAAACUACCAUUACCUAAAAGUCAAUCAUCAACCAUAUCAAACACAACCAUAUCAAACACAACCAAAUUCAAAUCACAAAGAAACGAUACAAACUUAAAUUUGGAACCAAAAAUACGACAUCAUUCGUAUGAACCAAGGACCAAAAGAAACAAAUUCCAGUUUGACUGGGAUGAAUCAGAAGAUACGUCAAAGGGAUUUGAUUCAAAUUAUUUAAUUAAUGAUGAAGAAGAUGAUGAUGAAAAACUUAAAGAUCCUUUACUAAAAGAUAGAUCUAUUGGUCAUUGGACUAAUAAGUCACUUGAACAAAUGACAAAUAGAGAUUGGAGAAUAUUUAAUGAAGAUUAUGGAAUAAUAAUUAAAAAUACUAAUAAUACGAAAUCAUCAAUACCUAAUCCAAUUAGAUCAUGGAAAGAAAGUAAAAUAAAUCCUAAAAUGAUUGAAAUUUUGACCGAAUCAGGUUUUCAAAAUCCAACACCUAUACAAAGAUCAAGUAUACCUGUGGCAAUUGAACAUAAAGAUGUAAUAGGUAUAGCAGAAACAGGAAGUGGUAAAACUCUUGCAUUUUUAAUACCAAUUUUUAAUUAUUUAUUAUCAAUUGAUUCAAAUUUUUUAAAAUAUGAAAAAAUUAAAAAUGAAAAUCUAAUAUUAAUAUUGGCACCAACAAGAGAAUUAGCAUUACAAAUUCAAAAACAAGCUGAAAUAUUUUGUAAAAAAUUAAAUUUUAAUAUAAUUUCAAUAAUUGGAGGUCAUAAAUAUCAAGAUACAAUUGAUGAAAUUGAAAAAAAUGGUUGUGAUAUAAUUGUUGGUACACCCGGUAGAUUAAUUGAUUCUAUUGAAAAAAAAAUUUUUGAAUUAAAUAAAUGUUAUUAUAUUGUAAUGGAUGAAGCUGAUAGAAUGAUUGAUAUGGGAUUUGAAAAAGAUUUAACUAAAAUUUAUGAAUAUUUACCAACAAAUAAUCAAUUAGUUAAUUCCAUUGAUUCAAAAAUAUUUGGAAUUAAAAAUAAAAUUACAAUGAUGUAUACUGCUACUAUAACUCCAAUAAUUACAAAAUUAACAAAUACAUAUUUAAUUGAUCCUAUUCAUAUAACAAUAGGAGGAGCAGGAGAAGCAUUAGAUAGUAUUGAUCAAAAAUUUGAAUUAAUAAAUGAUUCAGCUAAUUUGGAACAAAUUAAAAUAUCAAAAUUAAUAAAAAUAAUUCAAUCUCAUAAUUAUAAAAAUCCACAAAGUUUAAUUAUAAUUUUCGCAAAUUUUAAAGAUAUAGUAGAUCAAAUUUCAGAAGAAUUAAAUUUAAAAAAUUUUAAAACUACAACAAUUCAUGGUUCAAAAUCUCAAGAAUUAAGAGAAACAUCAUUACAACAAUUCAAAAAUCAUGAAACACCAAUUUUAGUAGCAACAGAUGUAGCAGCAAGAGGUAUUGAUGUUCCAAAUGUUAGUUUAGUUAUAAAUUAUCAAAUGCCAAAAGAUUUUCAAGAAUAUAUUCAUAGAAUUGGUAGAACUGGUAGAGCAGGAAAUUUUGGUGAAAGUUUUUCAUUUAUUGUUGAAAUUGAUGAUAAAGAAAUUUAUUUACCUUUGAAAAAAUUUUUGAAAAAGGGUGAUAAAAAAUUACCUGAUUGGUUAUAUCGAUAUCAUCAAUAA